CAAACACUGGCGCAACCGAAAGCAAAGAAAAUAGAAACAAAAAAUUUCAUGUCAAAAUUAUUAGUUCUUCCAUUCAAAUGGCAAAUCUGCUUAAAAUGACCAAACAUUUAAGCUAUCCGAAUCGGAUGUGCCGUGUAUGCGAGACAACUGGUCAGUUGACGGAUCUCACCGAAGAAGCCAGCAAAAGUAUGGUCAAGAAGCUGCGAGCUGUGGCUGACAUAUCAUUUGAUGUUAACGAUGAACUGCCGAAAGGUCUGUGUAAAAAGUGCUGCGAGAAUCUCGAUCGAGCGUACAAGUUCAAAAUUCAAUGCGAGUACACGGAGCAAAAACUUCGAGACGCUCUUGUCGAAUGUCAGACAGAAAGAUUCACUGAAUAUGUGUCAACGACAGCAACGGCGGGUAACAAUGAUGUCGAUCUGAAGACUGAGUGUGAUGACAAUAUGGUUGAUGUAUUGGAAGAAACGGUCCAGUCGCAGGACACCGAUAUAUACGAGGAGGCCUCAUCAAUAAUCUCAAAAGAGGAGCAUUUAAUUGACGCAGACGAAAGCAUGUCGCAAACUUCUGCCAAUGACAGUCAAUUGAUCAGUGUCGACGUCGGGGAAGAUAGUGAGGUGAAUGUUUAUUACGGUGAUGUGGAGCGAUUAGAAGAAGAUGAACAGUAUGGUGACAUGGGCGAAGUAUUAGAAGGUGAAAUCGGAGACUUUGCGCCCAUCGACGACGUUGAGUACGUCUACGAUGAGGCGGAGAUUGAGUUUCUCGACAACGACCAUGAUAAAAGUGUUAAUUCUCAGAAAGUGGAAACAAGACCCAGGACUCGACCACAAAAGCCCAACAAAUCCAAUUCACGGAAUCCCGAAACCGAUAAAUUUCACUGUGAUACCUGUGGCGCCCCGUUCGAAAAGUAUAACGAUCUGAAUGAGCAUAAGAAAACGCACGGCAAUCAGCGAUAUCAGUGUCCGACGUGUUCGCGCUGGUUCAGCAAAAAGUAUCACAUGAAAAAUCAUCAGACCAUUCACCUGAAUCAGAAACUGUUCGCCUGCACCUUAUGCACCAAGAAGUAUACGAACCAGGGAAAUCUGGAUCGUCAUGUCCGGGUGUUCCAUCAUAAUGAAAAACAGUAUCAGUGCGAGGUGUGUCAGAAAUGUUUCUCACAGUCUUCAAUCCUGCGUGCCCAUCUGCAUGUACACAAUGAAGAGCGCAAUUACGAGUGCAAUGUAUGCCAUCAGCGGUACAAAACCAUCGACUAUCUUAAUUCACACAAGAAGCGCCAUUUGCCGCCGGAACAGCGCAACUUCAAAAAGUAUCCAAAGAAGAAGCCUACGAGCAAUGCGGUGAAAAAGUGCUAUGUGUGUAGCCAAUGCGGCAAAAAGUCGAAUUCCGUGGCAUUACACAAAUCGCACACUAGAACACACACUGGGGAGAAACCAUAUAGCUGUUCACAUUGUCAAAAGAAAUUCGCAUUUAAGCAGUCACUCAGGAGUCACAUUCUCGUUCAUACCGGCUCCAAACCGUACACAUGUAACAUUUGUUUUGCCCAGUUUCGGCAGAUCGGUCAUCUGAAUGGUCAUUCUCUGGUACAUUCAGGCGUAAAGAAACACAAGUGCAAGGUGUGCGACAAAAGUUUUGCAUUGCGCGGUAACUUAACCGUGCACCAACGUCUUCACACCGGCGAGACCCCGUAUCAUUGCCAGCAUUGUCCGAAAAAGUUUUACGAUUCGAAUGGCUUAAAACGACACAAUCAGAUACACGAACGCAAUAAAGGCAACCGCGGAUCCGUAACACACGAAGUGGAAAGCGGUUCGAUGAUAGCGGAACUGUCGGACAUCAUUUUAACGGAAGAAGGUGUCGACGGUAGCCAAAGCGAUCAGUUGGAGUCGAAAAUUCUGAUCGAUUCGAAUGGGCAGCAUUACAAGAUCGAAAUGCCACCGGAAACGGAAUCGGAGAUCCAAGGGAAAAUUGAUUCGGGAAAUUUCUACAAAAUGAACUAUGUGCACGGCGGGACGACGAUAUGGGUGAGCGAAAACAAUUUAAACGACUGAACGGGUACAGUGGUUUUAAGUUAGCAUUUUUAAUAAACGAAAUGCGUUGUACAUCUUA